AUGUCGACGACGGUGCACAAGGUGGCGACGCACGCUGCAUCGGCGGCGGGGGCGAGAAUGAAGGGUCGGCGGCCGCCGAGCGUGGUGAGGGAGAUCGUGUACGGCAUGAGCCUGGGGCUCUUCGCGGGGUACCUGUGGAAGCUGCACCACUGGAGCAACCAGCGCCGCACCCGCGAGUUCCACAGCCUGCUCGACCAGGGCAGGAUCUCCGUCGUCGUCGACGAGCCGGCCGGAGCAAGGACUAGCAUUAUCCAUAUAGUUUCACCUGCCUACCCACUAGGAGAGGUAUUUUCAGUCCGUGCUUCCACAGAUCAGUAA